AUGGACCUAUCCCUGAUCCUAAAUACAUUCAUACUCCUAACCCUAGCCACCCUGGCUACUCCUAUCCUAUUCCCACUUCUAUCAGACAAUCUCAAGAACACCCCCACCACCAUCACAAACACAGUUAAAACCUCCUUCCUAAUCAGCUUAAUCCCCAUAACAAUCUACAUCCACUCCGGAACAGAAAGCCUGACUUCCAUCUGAGAAUGAAAAUUCAUCAUAAAUUUCAAAAUCCCAAUCAGCUUAAAAAUAGACUUCUACUCACUGACCUUCUUCCCCAUCGCACUAUUCGUCUCAUGAUCCAUCUUACAAUUUGCAACCUGAUAUAUAGCCUCAGACCCAUACAUCACAAAAUUCUUCACCUACUUACUAUUCUUCCUAAUCGCAAUACUAAUCCUAAUCGUUGCCAACAACCUAUUCGUCCUGUUCAUCGGCUGAGAAGGAGUAGGAAUUAUAUCCUUCCUACUAAUCAGCUGAUGACACGGACGAGCAGAAGCCAACACCGCCGCCCUCCAGGCCGUUCUUUACAAUCGAGUGGGGGACGUAGGCCUAAUCAUGUGCAUGGCAUGGCUAGCAUGCGCCAUAAACACCUGAGAAAUCCACCAACUCCCCUCCUCACCCCAGACACCGACACUCCCCCUCCUAGGCCUAAUUCUGGCCGCAACCGGCAAAUCCGCCCAAUUCGGCCUACAUCCCUGACUACCAGCCGCCAUAGAAGGGCCAACCCCCGUAUCAGCCCUACUCCACUCCAGCACAAUAGUAGUAGCCGGAAUCUUCCUACUAAUCCGAACCCACCCCCUAUUCAGCAACAACCAAACCGCCCUAACCCUCUGCCUAUGCCUAGGGGCCCUAUCCACACUAUUCGCCGCCACCUGCGCCCUCACUCAAAACGACAUCAAAAAAAUCAUCGCCUUCUCCACCUCAAGCCAACUAGGCCUAAUAAUAGUUACAAUCGGACUAAACCUUCCCGAACUAGCCUUCCUACACAUUUCAACCCACGCAUUCUUCAAAGCCAUACUCUUCCUAUGUUCAGGUUCUAUCAUCCACAGCCUAAACGGCGAGCAAGACAUUCGAAAAAUAGGAGGCCUCCAAAAAAUACUACCCACAACCACCUCAUGCCUCACUAUCGGAAACCUAGCCCUAAUGGGAACACCAUUCCUGGCAGGCUUCUAUUCAAAAGACCAAAUUAUCGAAAGUUUAAGCACAUCCUACCUAAACACCUGAGCCCUCCUACUGACUCUCCUAGCCACAUCCUUCACUGCAGUAUAUACAAUCCGUAUGACCGUACUAGUUCAGACCGGCUUCGUUCGAAUUCAACCCUUAACCCCAAUCAAUGAAAACAACCCCGCAGUGACCUCCCCCAUUACCCGCCUUGCUCUGGGAAGCAUUACAGCAGGCUUCAUCAUCACUUCCUACAUCCUCCCAACAAAAACGCCCCCCACAACCAUACCACUAUCCAUCAAAAUAACAGCCCUAGUAGUAACAGCCCUAGGAAUUGCCAUAGCCCUAGAAAUUUCAAAAACAACCCAAAUACACAUCCUAACAAAACAAACAUCGCUGUCAAACUUCUCUACCUCUCUAGGGUACUUCAACCCCCUAGUCCAUCGCUUCAGCAUGACCAAAUUCCUAAGCGGAGGACAGAAAAUUGCCUCCCACCUAAUCGACCUGUCCUGAUACAAAAUACUAGGACCAGAAGGACUGGCCAGCCUACAACUAACAGCAUCCAAAGCCUCCACCACCCUACACUCCGGCCUAACCAAAGCCUACAUAGGAUCAUUCGCCCUAUCCAUCCUAAUUAUCCUGAUAUCAAUACACAGA